AUGAAGACUGUUUCCGCUGCUACGGUUCUCUCGCUGAGCUGGCUGGCCCACUCAGCGACAGCCUUGCCGUCUAGCAGUGUUGCUGUGUCUGCUACCUCUACCUCUGUGGUUCCUACUGCUACCGCUACCAGCGGUUUCCGAAGUGUCGCGUAUUUUGCGGAUUGGGAUAUCUACAGCAGCAUUAACUUCUUCCCCCAAAAUAUAACCGCCUCGACACUUUCUCACCUCAUCUACUGUUUCGCUAAUGUCAAUUCAACCACUGGCUCAGUCGGCCUCUCCGAUGUAUGGGCCGAUUUGCAGUUCCCAUACCCUGGUGACAACAGCAGUGAUACCAGUGCUGUUGCUGGUAACGUCAAGCAAUUAUAUCUCAUGAAACAACAGAACCGCAACCUCAAAACGUUGCUGUCUAUUGGUGGAGCCACCUACUCUACCAACUUUGCCAACUUUACCUUGACUCAGGAGGGUAGACAAACUUUUGCUCAGAGUGCCGUUGAGUUGGUUCAAAACCUGGGUUUCGAUGGUAUUGAUAUCGACUGGGAGUAUCCCACCGACCAGGCACAUGCUGAGGCUUUCACUAGACUUCUUGAAGAAGUCCGAACUGCUUUGGACAACUACUCCGACCAGUGGGCAAACAAUACAAAUCUCUUGCUGAGUGUCGCCGCGCCUGCUGGUGCCUCGAGCUACCAGGUCAUGGAUCUCGCUGGAAUGGACAAAUAUCUCGACAUGUGGAACUUGAUGGCCUAUGAUUAUGCCGGCUCUUGGUCCGAUAACAGCGGUGAUCUAGCCAAUGUAUAUGCUUCCAAGUCUGACCCCAACAGCACUCCUACUAAUACCGACGAUGCCAUCACCUACUACCUCAGCCAAGGUAUCUCUGCUAGCAAGAUCAACCUUGGGAUGCCUAUUUACGCUCGAACCUUCCCCGACACCACUGGUCUUGGCCAGCCCUUCAAUAAGACUGCCGCGGCUGAAGUCAACUACAACGCAAUUGACACCACCAACGCAAACAUCACGGAAUUGACUGAUGUACUUGCCAGCUACAGCUACAACUCCUCCAGCGACGGCACUCUAUACAGCUUCGAUACCCCUAACAUCGCCAAAUUGAAGACCGAGUAUGCUCAGUCCAAGGGUCUCGGUGGUGCCAUGUUUUGGGAAAUCAGUGGUGAUAAAGUUGGAGAGGAGAGCAUUAUCGGCACCGUUGUUAACGCCGUUGGUGGUUCUACUGCCCUUGACCAGUCUCAAAACCUUCUUUCCUACCCCAACUCCAACUACACCAACCUCCGCAACCAGAUGGGAAAUUAA